AUGUGCUUGUCCCGCCAGCAUGGCAUAUACACUGCCCUGUGCAUCUCGGCGUCCUUCCAGGGCCUCCCGAGUCGACACCAGGCUGCCAAGCAAGAGUGCAAAGAACCGUCAAUGUCGCCUGCUGUUUUAUCACACCUGCGCUUGUGUGCCGCCAAUAAGCGGGAGAGGCGCCGAGUUCCUCUUUACAGGUUAACCCGGGGCUGGCCGCGGUUCAGCGCUGCAGUGCGGCAUGUAUUCGCAGGGCGGCGCACCGCCACCCAUCUACCCGUAUCGAACCGAACAGAAGAUGGUCCCCAUUCUUUCCCGUCUACUGGCGGCUGUCUCUCGUCCACAGCCGACAUGCGCACCCCCGUAGCACAAGUAUGCUCACGUCCCCGCAUCCUGUCCCACUCCUGCUCAAACGUUAAUCGACACUCCAGCGAAAACCCGUGCUCCGCAGUACGAUCCCCAGCAAUGUCAGAGCACAUCUCUGCGUUUGACAUACCUUAUGGCUCCAUGCUGACUGGAACGACAUCGUCGGCGAUUCUCUUCAAGACAGCAGGUGAACAUCAUCUGACAGUUGUCUCCACACCAAAUUUCUUCUCAGGCAUCAACUCCUCAGACAAAUACUCUUCUGACGCCGCAGAAGUCCCUCAACAGGUCGCCCGUUUCAAAUUACACGGCGCCCGUCACUUUCGAAGUCAGAGUUUCUGGUGCAGCGCCGAAAUUCGAGCCUAG